AUGAAGGUUAUAUGGCAGGCAGUCGUGGAGUUGAAGCUUGAUGAUGGCGAGAUGCUUGCCAUCAGUGACGUGCUCAGCAGCAUCUCUAUUGUAAGCUGUGUUUGGGAAAGUUCGCAGACAGAUGUGGAGAUGCGGUUCCUUGCCCUGCGGGCCAAAUUUCAGGUGUCUGAAUCCAUGCGCCCAGAUGUCUGUCAGCUUUACCGGACUUUCAUGGACGCAUUGGCCAAGCAAGGCGUCACUGAGAUCGGUGCGGGCCUGAAGCGCGUCAUCGAGGAAUUCAAUUCCACUGCAUCUGUUGCAGGACAUCGGAUUUCCGACCUCGAAAAGCAGGUGCUGCUCAGCUUGCCGGCUCAAAGCCCUGGAUUCCUCACGGCCCUGGAGACACAUUGGAACAACUUUCGCACAGCAGAGUCUGGGGUGACCAUGAAGUUUUUUGGGAUGGACACCUUUUCCCAAACUGUCCCUUCCGAUGCUCGUGGAAUUUGGUCCAAAAUCCUGGAGCCAUCUCCGCUCAAGUCCUUCACCACACUGCGCUACCUCAUCGGUGUGUUCUUGCGGAACAACAAGGUGCAGCGCCAGGCUGCAAAGAAAACUACCAAGAUCCAGGCAAACAAGCUUCGGGUUCAGGACCCGAUCCUCGCCUGGCAGACAAGUUGCCUUUGGGUCCACUUCAGUGACGAUGUGAAGAAGCGUGUGACGGACAAGGAUUUCAUCAACUUGGAGCGGCUGUUCCUGACAGGCUGCUUGGACAGGGAGCUGCAAGAGAAAUGCAGGCUCAUGGAUGGGGACCUUUGUUUGGACAACUUCCGCUUCUUGCAAGUGUACACCGGUGUGGCGGUUGCGCCGGAGCAGCUUCAAGACAAGGAGGCAUUGGCAGAGGAGCAGCAAGAGACGGCCGCCCUCAACUUGUUCUCUGUGAAGUUGGAGAGGGAGGUCAAGCUGUGGGAGAGGUACCAACAGUCCUUGCAGGAGUUCAAUGCCGGGCAAAAAGAUGCCAAAAGCAGCUUCCGUCGUGAACAGGAUGCCAAGCUGAAGGAGGCCGUUGCGAAUUACACCCAGAAGAAAUUCCCGUGCAAGGCCCUGCCAGGGGAGGAUGCUGUCAUGCCAUACAUCCGAAGUUGCAGCGCAGACUGGGCGGAUUCAGAGAACAAGUCCCACGAGGAGAUCCAUUUCAUUUAUACUGCUGACUUGACAUCCCUCGGAUCUUCUUGCUCACGCUACCUUGCCCGCGUUUGCCGCAUUCUGGGAGAUGCCCUAGCUGCUGGAGCAGAGAGGAGUGUAGCAGUGGUCGUGGGGCCAAACGUUGCCUCCUUCGGCAACACCUACGAGGACGAGCAUGUGGAGAAGGCCCAGGACGAUGUGGAGCAACAGUUGCGGCAGGACACCUAUGACAUGAGUGUGAAGAGAGCUCAGCUUUGCUUCGCUCCAGAGACGUUCGGCUCAACAAAGCGGAGCCUUGUGCAUCCCAUGUGGGUGUGUGUGAACAAGGCUACAGAUGCAAAUGGCAAGCUCCUCAGCCGCUUUGCCAAUAGCUCGCUGUGGCAUCACCGUGCCUGUAUGGGAAUCCAGGCCAAGGGUGUUGCUGACUUUGUGAACCCAGUGCAGGGAGUGACCAUCCAGCUGAACACCAUCAAUCUCAGCAAAGCACAGCAGUACAAGCAACACAUCUCCGGCCCAGACCUUUGGCUGAAGGUGCAGGAGGCUCUUUGGAAAGGACUUGCCCCUGGCCCUUUCACUGUGGCAGUCUAUGCCAACCUGCUCCCAUAUGACCAUGGCCUCAUUCAAGCAUGCUUGCAGAGAGCACUGGAGCCCAGUGGUCGUCUGCCUCGCGAGGCCGUCAUCAGUGGGGUGUGGGCGUAUGCAGAUGAGGCCAGCCAGCGAUCGAAAAUGGCUGACUGGUUGAAAAGGGCUGCUGACCAUCAGACGGAAAAGUACGUCAAGGAGAACGUGCUAAAGCUGCCCAACCUGGUCCUGAAAGACUUUUCCCCACCCACCUACGACACACGUGAGUACGUGCUUACGGCUCCAGUUGAAGGCAAGCACUUGUCAUUCCGCCAAGACGUCUUGGAUGUGUACGAUGGAAAAUUCAGCAAACUCAAGGAAGCAUACGAAGCACUGAAGAGCAAGCACAAUGCGAAGCACAACCCUUCGGGAGUUCCUUACAAAGGGGCAGGCAAGCGCACAGAGCCAGAUAGCGUGCAGGAAGUUCAGGGGGAGCCGUUUCCUGACGAGGAUUCCUUUGAGAGCUUGGACAAAGUCAAGGCGACAGAUGGCCAUGUGACCGUGAUCCAAUCCCAGCUGCCUGAGCUGUUCGAGCUUGUUUUCUCGGCCAAGAAUGCAAUGUACUUGCAUGCCAAGAGCGACGGGGUUCUGAACACAGAUGUGCCCCUCAUGGACUUGCAUGGCGAGUUUCUCACCGGCAAGGAGAUUGCUGGAAAGAAGGACAUCCUGACGUACAAGCUUGCAGAUGGGGCUUCCGUUGCGUGCUUCUCCCACCCUGACGGGGAGAGUUGGAAGCCCCCCUUCACCAAAGGCCUUGCAACCCUGAAGGAGUUCAUCGACUACCUCACGGAUUGUGGAUUUGGCAGUGUGACCUCACCCUGCCACGAGAUAUCCAUUGGUGAGAGCGGUGCUGUGAAUGUCAAAGAGAAGGAGGCUUGUGCUUACCUGCCGAAGAAAAUUCCCAGUAGGACGCAGGCAGACCACUCCAAUGCCGGCAGCUUCGUGGAUUUCAUGGACAUGUCAUGGACCGAUGGUGAGCACAAGAAGAAGUACAUGAAGGUUCAUAUGCAUUUCACAUGGGUUCACAAUGCAGCCCAAGGUGACUCCUUGACCCCUGGGAAGCCGAGAUUCCUGCUGACCAAGCCCCGCCGCUUGCAAGGGGGCCGUUGCUACAAGCUCACCUAG